CGGAUGUGUGCCACUCACCGGCAGAUAAGCUCAGCUCAACGUGCUCGGAACAGCCGUCGGCCACAAGCUCUGUAUUCAGGCGCUUCUUUCCCCGGGAUCUAAGCGACUCGCUUCCAGUGUACUGUGCCAUCUCGAUCCUCCAAGGAAUGCCCAGAGAGUUGACCCAGAACAGGAUCCAAAAGAUCUGGGUUCCCACCAAAGAUGACAAGCCGGCUCCUCGGAGAGCGGCCGGCGCCCCCCACUUCGCCAACCCCCCCACUGUCAUCGUGAUGGUGGGCCUGCCGGCGCGAGGCAAGACGUACACGUCCAAGAAGCUCACGCGCUACCUCAACUGGAUCGGCACGCCCACCAAAGUCUUCAACGUAGGGGAGUACCGCAGGGAGGCGGUCAAGAACUACAGCUCCUAUGAUUUCUUCAAGCCCGACAAUGAGUGUGCUCUGAAAAUCAGACAGCAGUGUGCCUUAGCAGCCUUGAGGGAUGUCAGGUCCUACUUAAAGGAAGAGGGAGGCCAAGUAGCAGUCUUCGAUGCCACGAACACGACAAGAGAACGGCGGGAGAUGAUCCUGAAGUUCGGCAAAGAGCACGGCUUCAAGAUAUUCUUCAUCGAGUCUGUGUGCGACGACCCCAGCGUCAUCGCAUCCAACAUCAUGGAAGUGAAGGUGUCGUGUCCCGACUACCGCGACUGCAACAAGACGGACGCCAUGCUGGACUUCCAGAGGAGAAUUGAAUGCUACAAAAGCAGCUACCAGCCCCUGGACCCCGAUCGGCACGACAGGGACCUGUCCUUCAUCAAGGUCAUCGACGUGGGUCGGCGAUUCCUCGUCAACCGGAUCCAGGACCACAUCCAGAGCAAGAUCGUGUACUACCUGAUGAACAGCCACGUCCAGCCCCGGACCAUCUACCUGUGUCGGCACGGAGAGAGCACCGACAACACGGAGGGCCGGCUGGGGGGCGACUCCGGCCUCUCGGCGCGGGGCAGACAGUUCUCCGCCGCCCUGGCGCGCUUCGUGGAGGAGCAGCAGCUGAAGGACCUGAAGGUGUGGACGAGCCAGCUGUGCCGCAGCAUCCAGACGGCCGAGCACCUGGGGCGCCCGUACGAGCAGUGGAAGGCGCUGAACGAGAUCGACGCCGGAGUGUGCGAGGACAUGACGUAUGACGAGAUGAAGGAGAAAUUCCCGGAGGAGUUUGCGCUGAGAGACGAGGAUAAAUACUACUAUCGCUAUCCCGCCGGAGAGUCGUACCAAGACCUGGUCCAGCGGGUGGAGCCAGUCAUCAUGGAGCUGGAGAGACAGGAGAACGUCCUGGUUAUCUGCCACCAAGCCGUCAUGCGCUGCCUCCUGGCCUACUUCCUGGAUAAAAGUGCAGAUGAGAUGCCCUACCUGAGGUGUCCCCUCCACACUGUGCUGAAGCUCACCCCGGUCGCCUACGGGUGCAAAGUGGAGUCCAUAUCUCUGAACGUGGAGGCAGUGAACACUCACAGAGACAGGCCAGAGGAGGUGAAGCGCGGCCCCGGCACCUUGAUCCGGAGGAACAGCGUGACCCCCCUGACCAGCCCCGAGUCCAACAUCAAGAAGCCGCGCAUCGUCGACCUGGACGAGGCGCCGCUCCGCGAGAUCCCCUCGGUGUCGUCGCUGGCCCUGUGCAGCCCGUCUCACCUUCCCCUCUCUCUGGCCGGUCAGCACUGGCUGGGCAAGGUUUGCCUAACCUGAAGAGGAAUCCAUCUGGUCGCCACGAAGUCCUGCAGCCCUGCCAAUGAGGUGGCCACGCAGAGGAUCGCCGGCACGGCCCCACAGGGAAACAACCAAACAAAAUCCAACGCUUCCUAAUCCUGUACAUUUCCAAGGACCAACCCGGUGGAGGUGAAGGACGAUUUGCUGUUGUUGCAGAGGCUCUUUCCAGUGUCAGAAGCGCUUUUUUCUGUAUUAACUGGGAAACACUCAAAAACCCUCUUACGUAUAAUUUAUUCAGACUGAAUGAGACAAAAUGUGACUGCUGUUGCAUCUAACAGCUUGAGCGGCUCUCUGGUGUAAUUAUUGAGAAACCAGAAGAAUCUAACGCUCAAAUGCGACUUUUCAUCAAAUUCUUGUGUUCAUUAACAGAACAAUGUAGUUUAUUGUUUACAUUGUAAACACUCUCUCUCUCUUUUUUUACGUAUCAGAGCGCCAUGAUUUUACCGACUCCUUUAUAUGCUCACGCGCUACAUAACACGCAAUAUAUUUUGCACAUUGGGGGAUAAAUCUUUACCUUAGGUUUAUUUAUAUGUCACUGUGUUUUUUUUUCACUGUAACGGAGGUGAUUCUCGCCCUAGAGUGCCUGUAGUGCUUGUUUGGCACGCCUGAUGCGGCUUCUCUUGCCAUUUCUCUGGACUUGACUGCUUGAGAAGAAGCACCACUUUUCUCCUAACAACUGCACAUAUUCAUAUUUGCAUUUUUAUAGUUUGGAUAUUUAUAAUUUCUUGUUGUUUUUGUUGCUGUUUCAUUUUUAAGUGCUGUAGUGUGUUUUAACAAAAAUGGGGGAACUCCUUUUGUUGAUUUUGCUGUCAUAGUCUGCUACACACAAAUCUGAACACCUAUAUUUUUGUUAUAACGAUGCGUGCUGUUAAUAAUAUGUGUGUGUGGACGUCUUUGAAGAAAGCGUGUAUGUGUGUACAUAUUUGUACUAAUGUGUGGGAUUGAAUGAAAAGGACAAAACCUGAGGAAGAUGCUGCUGCUUCUCUCUUUCUCAGUGAAUCCUGUUUGAUUGAGAUACUUGAACCAUUUUUGUAAAAUGUUUUAUUCUAUUCUUUAUUUAUUAUGUAGUUUUGAAUGACGGCCAAUAAACUCCACAUGAAAUACA